UCUAUGGUAAAGCCUUAAAACCAAAUAAAUUGCGCAAACUCAUCUUUGGCAGAUAUCUAUAUCGCAAAAUCUAGAAAACGUCAAAUCACAUUGACCAAAGCAAUACGCAUCAAUAAACCUAUAAAUCAGUAGAAAAACUAGUUUUUCAAACGGGUAGAUCUCUUCAGUGUUGUCAAGGGACUACCCCAACACUAUGGAACGCAUACAAGAACUGCGGGCUAAAAUCAUGUACUCGGAGAAGUACUGCGACGAUGAGUACGAGUACAGGCACGUGAUACUGCCCACAGAACUGGCGAAAAUGGUCCCCAAAUCCCAUCUGAUGACCGAGGACGAGUGGCGCGAUCUUGGCAUCCAACAGAGCAAGGGAUGGCAACAUUAUAUGAUCCACAAUCCGGAGCCGCAUAUUCUGCUCUUCAAGAGACCCAUUUCUUAUGCCAAGAGACGUUAAAGCAAUUAUUUCUAUGUGUUUGUAUUACAUUCAUAUUUUUAAUAAAUUAGACU